AUGGCUUCUGCGGAUAUUCACUGGGGUACAUUGAUCAAUUCAGACAAGAGCCCAGCCCCACUGCUCGAACAGCUAUGUUUGGGGAUCGCCCAGUUGAUGUGUACCUUUGAUACCAACAUCACCACCGAUAUCACACCCGAGAGAAUUGCUACCUUUUACCGCAAAGUCGGCGGCAACUACGACCCUUUAUUCCUUGAGACCAAGGGACAAGCUCUGUCAUUUAUCUACCAGUCACUAGGUUGUUUCCACAGCCUUCAGCCCUCAGUCAAUCCCUACGAGCCCCCAUCGAUUCCCUCACUGCUACCGAAUGGCUUCGUGCGAUGGCAGACGAUUCAACUGUUGAUGGGCCCAGAUGAACACUCGGUGUACUUACAAAAUGCGGUCAAUCUUUGGAAUAUUGCAGAUGUCAAUGGGGAAAUCUUUCCAAAGACUAUUCCUCGAGACGCGUUUCCUUCUGAGCCCGACCCAGAGAUGCUGGAAUGGCAUGAAGGAACUUUGGGACAUUUCAUUACCAUUUUAGUGGAAAGGAUCCUUUGCCCGAUGAAGAUGACUAUUUCUCCCAUCCACGUCGGGCGACGUCAAAGCGUCGCAGUCAUGUGGAGCCCGAUCGGCCCAGCGACCAUCGCCAUCACCGCCGAAAUUACAGUGGGGAAUACCCCGCAUUUUCUACACGUAGACCUGGAGCAAGUCGACCGGGCUUUUCAACCCCGAGAGUUCCGUCCCCUCCCCCAUGGGGAGAGCGUUCGGCACGUUCAAGUGGACGAGACCAAGGGAGCCGGCACAGUCAUCCACUAA